AAUGCGUAAUAAGAAAUAAGAAAUUAUUCAUUAUUAAAAUAAGACUGUUUUUUUGUUAUUAUUCUUGAUGAAUAUUGCUCGUUGUCGUUCAGCGGCUGAAAUAAAUUUUGUUUUGACUAAUUGUUGCUAUGGAAACAUACACACACAGCUGCUACGGUGCUAGUAGAGAGGGAGUAACACUUGCAUUAAUCAUUAUGGCAUUUAAAACACCCGAAAAGGCUAUCACACAUAGUAGGCUAGAUCCAGCGAUAACUACAACACCGAGACGGUCGCCGAGGCUGGCUGAAAAGAGGAAAAUCAUAGGUAAAGACCACGACUACGCUGAACAUGACCCAGAUAACCAAGAAAUAUUUAACACUCUCGUUGACCACGUAAAGAUGUACUCUGAAAAGCAUAGUCACAGUUUGAACACGUGUGUUGAUUUUGACAUCGAGUCAGGCUGGUGGCUGAGAAUAUAUCCACAAAGUGUUCACAUUCCAGAAGGAAAGGGAGGGCCAAUUAGCGCAGUUAAUUUAUUGGUGCAUGAGACAGGGAAGGUUCAGCUGCGAAUUCUGGAAGCGAUUAUUGAGGAAAGCAAUUGUGUGGAUGGGAAUAUGAACAUAAGCGAUCUAUUUGAAGACAUGCUGCAUAAACUUGUAAGCUGCAAACCAUGUAUGGGAGUUAGUGAAGCGCAAUACAAAUUAUCGACUGUAAAUGUGCAUCAUACAACAUCGUCUGUGAAGAAGGAAUUUCCUUAUGUACGCUACACUUCAAGAGCCUGCCAAGUGUUCAUUAAGUCAUCAUCGAAAAGUAAACGAGACAUGUGUAAAAAGUGCACGGAAAUGAUGUAUCAUUUACACCGGGUCAGUGCAAGAACAGGAAAACUUACACAUUCUGCUAAAAAAAGGCGAUUAAUUCCAUCAUCCAGAUACCCCAUCGCUUGUCUAUCACCAAAAAGUCGUACCAAAAGAUCUAGGAUGAACAUUCGGAAUACUCGCAGAGUAGAAAGAAAACUGAGACAACAUGAGAAGAAAUUAGAGGAUCUCUCCAUACAGCUCAAUGAAAAACAAAGUGAUGACAUGAGUCGUGCGGUCGAGUUCUUGACGAAAAGCAAACAAGGACAGGGGGCAUUUCAACAGCUAAUGACUGCUACGGAGCAAGAGGCGGGCAAAGAAGUAGUUGACAAAAUGAAAGCAGCCUGGGAAAAAGAUCAAGCUAGAAAUAGUAAGCAAACACUACAAUUACAUAAGAGAAAUUUAUUUUGUGUAUUACCAGAAAUCGUUCAAGGAGUUUCUUGAUGUAUUCUAAUACUGCUACUCCUUCGUAGUAAUAAAAUGUAACAACAGUUUAGCAACACGUCGUAAUAGUAUUCCCACCUUAUAGAAAUUAUAUUAUGUUAUGUCUUAUUUAUUACAGAAAGUGGAAGCAGUCUAAUGCCUCUGUCUGCAAUUUACCUGACAGAAAUGGCAUUGGCAAUCUUCUCAAGAAGCCCGGCUGCCUAUAAGGCUCUGAUGAAGCUUGAAAUACUGCAACUGCCAUGCGUAAGAAGUUUGCAAAGAAAAAUGGAAUCUGCACUAGAAGUUUGUGGCAUAUCAGAAACAAAUAUGAAAGCUGCAGCCGACUACUACAAGCAUUUCAAGCAGCAGAAGGUUGCAGAAGGAUCCGCAGAGCCAAAGGGUGAAGGCGUGCUCAUUUUAGAUGAAGUGAGGGUGAUUGGAAAAAUAAUGUGGAACAGCAAGAACAUGCAAAUGUACGGUGUCGCAAUGACAGCUGAUGACUUCACUUCAUUGCAUGACAUAUAUGAAACACUGGAAGACAGGAAACGAGUGGCACCUGCUCAGUCUGUGCUACAAUUUCUGUGGCGAGAUCUUACAUCUUCCUUUGAUGUAAUUGGACCGUACUUUCCUACAGAAGCUUCACUAGAACAUAGAUUUCUGAUAUCGUGCUUAACGGAAACCAUGCGGCUGUUUGAAGCAUGGGAUUUUCACACAGUGUGCAUAGUGUGUGAUGGUUCUGGUGCCAACCUUACAACAGUGAAAUUGUUUACAACCGGUCUACGGGGACCCUACCAANUUAAACAUCGCAAAAUAUCCAACUAUAAGCCUUGA